AUGAAGCCAAAAUGUCCAGGCUAUGGAGCAUCUCUUCGGCCGUCCCUCCCUACCUCGGCUAUCUUUCCGGAUGUCACCUACUCAUUGGCUGUCUUUAUCCUCCUCCUCCUCCUCCUCCUCCUCCUGCUCCAGUUGUUUCUGAAGCUCUUCUUGGCUCCUGUGCGCAGGCCAGACUUGUCUGAUAUACCGGGCCCAUGGUACACCCGCGUCAGCCAUGUUUGGUUCUUCUACCAACGCUGGCAUCGCCGCCUGGCCCCGGCCUCGCAUGCCAUCCUGCUUUCCCACGGCGACGAAACCAACGGAAUCGUCCGCCUCAGCCCCACCGUCGUCCUGCUCAACGAUACGCCGUCCCUCAAGGCCCUCUUCGGCAAGCAACAUGCCACCACCGGCACCAAGAUCGUGCGUGCCCUGAACCUGGGCGGCCACAGCUGGAGCAUCAUGGUGCCCGAGUUGGACCUGGUUAGAGGUCGCAGGCAGGCGGUACAGGAGGCGACCAGAGAGACCAAUAUGCAGCAGUGGCAGGGAGUAAUCGAUCGUCAAGUGGGAGUACUGCUGGGUGCCCUGAGAUCCGGUGGCGUUGUCGACGUCGUCAGGCCGCUGCGUAUGCUGACCAUCAAGGCGUCGGCCCUGACCCUCAUCGGGACCGAGAUUUCGGACGCCGCGACCCGCGAAGUACUUGAGGCGAACAGCCUUUUCAACCGCUGCGUAGCCAACCGCCUGUGCAUGCCCGACGUCCUCGUUUCGUUUCUGGAUAUGCUGUCGUCGAGGGAGCACUUGCUGUCCCACACCAGACUGUUCCGCAGCCUCGGAUCAGGAGCAAAACUCUUGGCCUUGGGGAAGAAGCUCAACGAUCUUGCAGCAGAAAAGGGACGCAGCUUGGGCGUCCAGUCGUCAGCGCUCCAUCUCCAGCGCAAGCAGAUGCGCAUGGAGCACGGCAUCGAGGACUUGGAUCUGCUGAGCGCCGACACGGCUGGCGGACUACUCGCCGGCUCCGAGACCACUGCCGCGACGCUGGCCUGGAUUUUGUUUGAGCUCAGCCGUCGCCCGGCGUUGGUGGAACAACUGCGGGACGAGCUGGCCGCGGCGGAGGGUACCAACGCGAGGCCAGACCUGCUCGACGCCGUCAUCAAGGAGGAGCUGCGGUACCGCGGCCCAGUGGCGCUGACUAGCAACCGCAUCGUGGGAGCGGGCGGGGCGAUGGUCCUCGGCGGCCGGUACUUCCUGCCUGCUGGCACCGUUGUCGUCAUGCACAACCAUUCGCUCAGCCGCAGGUGUCAGCACGGCAGCCAUGAUGUGUGGGAUCCAACGCGGUGGGUGGACGCGGGUGUUCGAGCGGCUGAUGGUGGUGAUCGCUGCACGGCGCCGUUCGGGAUCGGGAUUCGGAGGUGUCCCGGGAAGACGAUGGCGUGGAUGGUCAUGCGGAUGGUGGUCACUGCUGUGGUGAGGGAUUUUGUGCUGCGAUGUCCGGCUGAGACUACGGAUCAGACGAUGGAGGCUGUCGAGUUGAACGGUAACCGGCCGCGGAGUGAGGAGUGUCGGCUGGUAUUUUUUCCACGGGAGAAGCCAAAGUGUCCAGAUCGUUAA